UCUCUCUGCUCUCGCAUAUUUAAACCCCACAUUUCCCAAUUCUUUGUCUCUCUCUACAAAAUCUAAUUUCUCAUCUCAAUCUCUCUGAGCUUCAGCUGAAACAAACAAACAAAUCAAAAUGAUGAGUUUUAAGAAAUUGUUUCUUCAUUACUUUGUUUUCAUUCUAAUCUCUUCUAUCUUCAUCUCUUCCACAUUCUCAUCACAAACUUCACUGCAAAUACAAAGAAAACAGAGCAUUGGUGGUACAAGAAAAUUGUUCUCAGUUGAAGAAACAGAGGAUGAAGUAAUUCAGAAACCGAAAAAGAAAAAAAACAUCAAACAAGAUGAUGAAGAUACUCCAAUUCUAAAACCAAAAAAGAAUCCCACCAAAGGAGAUGAUCAAGAAGAGAUUCAGAAACCAAAGAAGAAACUCAUUAAAGAAGAUGAUGAAGAGAUUCAAGUUCCAAAACCGAAGAAGAAACCCAUCAAACAAGAUGAUGAUGAUGAUGAAGAGAUUCAAAUUCUGAAACCAAAGAAGAAAACUUCAAACAAGAACACAACAAUCUCAAUUAGUCUACCAAAAACAGUACUAGUCAAGAAACUCAAUUCCACUAAAUCAUCAAGUCCAAGCACAAAGAAAUCACAACAACUUUCAAAAGAAGUAUCCACAUCCAAAAACAAAACCCCAGAACUACUCAAAUCCAAAAACCCAGAGCUGAAAACAAAAACCCUGAAAGAGAACAAAAUACAAACAGAGAACAAACCAAAGAAACCCAUAACUCCAAUCUGGAUGCUAGAAGAUGAUACAACAGAUUUCAUAUCAGAAUUCACGGAUUUACCGUCAAGGUUUCAAGAAACACUUAUCCCAGAUCUUGAAAGAAUGUCAACAAAAUCAAAAGCAUACAUAAACAGAGCAAACAGGGAAAUCACAGAAGGUUACAUCAAACCAUACAUUGGCAAAACAAAUGCUAAAAAAUAUGCAUCACAAAUCGCUUCAAUAAUCUCAGCCAUUUCCAUCCUUGUGCCGCUCAUUCUAGUCUCAUUAAUAUUCAACAAGAUCAAAACUUACUUCUCAUUACAAAAAAUAAUCAUUUUCAUUCAAAUUUACUUAUCAAUUUACUUCUCAAUUCUCUCAUUAUCUGCAUUAAUCACUGGUCUUGAGCCAUUGAAAUUCUUCUUUGCUUCAUCACAAUCCAGAUACAUUUGUUUACAGAUUUUGCAAACACUUGGUUAUGUUCUGUAUUUGCUGUUACUGUUAAUGUACUUAGUUUUAGUGUUCUCUACUGAAACUGGAUUAAGCACUAAAGUGUUAGGAUUAGGACAGACUAUUGUAGGGUUUGCUGUUGGGUUGCAUUACUAUGUGACUGUGUUUCAUAGAGCUGUUUUGAAUCAAUCACCAAAGAGUAAUUGGAAGAUUAAUGGAGUUUAUGCUGUUUGUUUCCUGGUGAUUUGUGUGUUUGCUGGUGCUGAAAGAAGAAAGAAAGCUUAUUUGGAAGAUGGUGGUGAUGAAGGCAAGAAGAGCUAAUAAUAAUUAUUAUAAUUAUAAUUAAGAUUUUUAUUUUUAUUUUUAAAUUAAAUGUAAAUCAAAUGGAAGAAUUUCAUUUGAAUUUUAUAUUUUUUAUAAUGUGAUAUUAAAAUAAUCUAGAACCAAGUUGAUUAGAAAGCAAAAUACAAUUGCUUGAUCAAGUUUUAGAUUCAGACGGUAAAUACCAAUAUUGGAUAUCUUUACUAUUUUACUAGAGAGGCGUUGCUGCUUGUUUGCUAA